GAAUAACUUGAAAUGUAAUACUAACAAGGGAAUAUCAAUGCUGAGUAUCUAAAUGAUAAACAACCAUAUUAAUAACCUUAAGGAGGGUAUUAAUAUAUGCCUGUAUAAGGAUAGCCUGUGAUUGGACAACCAGUUCAAUAAUAGUAUUUAUUUUUGAUAAAAACUAGAUAUCAAUAUUACCCAUAAGGAUAAGGUUAAUAUCCUUAAUAACCAUAUGCUUAAUAUUCUUAAUAUCCUCAAAGAGUUUAGCAUCCAGGUGGAUAUUAAUAACAAAUGGUUGUUAUGCCUCCAACAGCAUUAGUCGUAGCAGUACAACCAAUUAAUCCAAUAGUUGCAAAGGAAAUGGCAUUGAGAUCAUAUACAAGAUAGUAAACAAUAUUUUAAGAUUUAGUUUCUAUGGAUGUAAUUGUUGUAUUGGAGUUCUUGCAGGGAUUUUCUUGAUUAUAAGAUGUGUAAAUGCAUUCAAUUAAGGAGGAGCAUAAAGAGCAGGUGGUGUCAUGUAUAUUAUCUCGUAAUCAUAUCAUAUUUAUUAUAGCAACUUUUUUUUUAUUAUUGGAGCAAUCUGUGGAAUUUAUUCAAUAAGUCGAUAUAUUGAAAAACUAUUAUUGCAUUACCAAAUCUUAUUAGUCAUAGCUUUAGUAUUUGAACUUAUUGGGUCUAUCAUUAUAUUUGCAACCUAUGAUGAAAAUAUGAAUAAUGAAGAUGAUGAUUAAAAAAAUAAUUAUUAGAAAAGAGAUUAUGACAAAGAAAAUGAAAAAAGUGUUGGGUAUCAUAUCUAUUUAUUAAUUAAGGUUAAUCUUUUUCAUUAUCUCACUCAUUAUUAUAGUUAUUUGUUAUGGAAUGUUUAUUAGAUAUUCGAGACAAAUUAGAUAUAUGAUGAUUGAUUUGAAUAUUACAAGAGCCAAUUAAAUGAAUUAGAAUGCUUAAUAAGGACCCAUGUAAAACUAAGGAAAUGCAUUUGGAGUAGCAUAGAUAUGA